GUCCGCGGGGAUUCACCGGUCUCAGAUUUGUGGUAAAGUCAGGAAAGUUUGGUCCGGUUCACCGCAGCUGAAGACGAAGAGAAAGAUGAUGGAGAUGAAGGUUCUGCUGCUGCUUGGUUUUGCUCUUUGGUUCCGGACUUCACGAGCCGCCUCCUCUUCCUCAUGUAACCUUCCUCCCGCCCAGUGGUGCUCGUCCCUGGACUCAGCUGCUCAGUGCGGGGUUCUGAAGCAGUGCCUAGAGUCGGACUUCCUCAGGUCCCGGCAGACAGCAGAUAAGGUCCAGGUGGCUCUUUACUAUGAGAGUCUGUGUCCUGGAUGCAGAGGGUUCCUGGUCGAGAUGCUCUUCCCCACCUGGGUCCUCCUGAAUGAGAUCAUGUCUGUUACUCUGGUUCCCUACGGUAACGCUCAGGAGAAGCCAGAUGGACCAAAGUACACUUAUGAGUGCCAGCAUGGACAACCUGAAUGUCUGGGGAACAUGAUCGAGACUUGUGUCAUGAACAUGACCAACAUGGCGUUCCCCAUCAUCUUCUGUAUGGAGUCCUCCGCUGAUGUCAUCGGUUCAGCCGAAAGUUGUCUGAAACUCUACGCCCCUGCGCUGGGCAUCGACAAGUUAAUGAGCUGUGUGAAAGGAGAUCAGGGAAACCAGCUGAUGCAUCAGAACGCCGUGGCAACCGGAGCUCUGAAGCCUCCACACCAGUAUGUGCCCUGGGUGACGAUUAAUGGGGAGCAUACAGAAGAUCUGCAGGACAAAGCCAUGUCCUCUCUCUUCACCCUGGUCUGCAGCUUGUAUAAGGGUCCCAAACCAGUUGUCUGUGGAGGGACUCAGAGACGACACUACAGAAGUUACUGCAGGAACGAGUAAAGGGGCAGAACCAGCCACAGGACCACAUCUCUAACUGGACCUGCUGUGGCUUCAAAACCAAAAACACUGACGAAUAUUUUACUCAAGUUUUAUUAUUUUUUAUUUCUUUGUGAUCAUGUUUCUGAAAGGUGACAGUUCUGAUAUAAAAAUAAAGUUUGAUUUUACUCGC